AUGCCUCGCCAUCAGCAUCGUGGUGAUCAUCUUCAUCAUCGUCCUCCUUAUCAGGAACAAUCUGAGUGGAAGUUUGGAAACGAGUCGAGAUCGACUGGGGGUAGACUAGAAAACCCGUUUGAUGCGGCAUCGUUCGAGUGCAGUGCGAUGUUAGAUAGCGCGCCGUCCAGUAGCCCGGCAUCGUCAGUCAGCCCCGGAUCACUCGCGCCACACGGCAAUAGCCCGAUCGGCACCCACACCAUUCCCAAUCUCGAAAUCCUCGCCAGCCAACAACAUCAUCAGCAACAGCAACAACAGCAGCAACAACUCUGUGGUAUGAAUACCCAACAAGUCGUAAACCACCACCACCAUAACGACAACCAUCAUCACCACCAUCCCCAUAUCCAGCGCGGCCCGAAGCGCCGGGCCGUCGACAACAAUCCCGUCGACGAAGCCGUCGUGGGGAACCGAAAGGAACGCCGUCGAACGCAAAGCAUCAACACCGCCUUCGCCGAUCUUCGGGAAUGCAUCCCAAACGUUCCCGCCGACACCAAACUUUCUAAAAUCAAAACCCUUCGGUUAGCGACCAGCUACAUCGCUUAUUUAACAGAUAUGGUUUCCCGAGAUGAUAAUAUGAACGGUGAUAUGGAGAUGACGAUAAACGGCAUGAUGAUGGAGGAUAUUAGAGACGGCGUCGGGACUACUAUGCCGAUGAUUCGGCAGGACUUCUCUUUGACGUGCCGCUCAAUCAUUAAGGGUUCUAUCAAACACGAGAGUGCCACAGUAAGUUAA